AAAGGGCAUUUCCCCAAAAAUUUCACUUUCCAUUUCCAUUUCCAUUUGCAGGCACCUAUAAAUGCAACACAACUUCAAAGUUCAACCUCCCAACAAACCAAAAUUUCACACUUCUCAAAUGACUUCCUCCCUCCAUAGUCCACCAAUCACCAUCAUCGCCGCCUCCGUCACGGCGGAGAACGCCGGUUUUUCCGAUUUGCACCUAGAUAUCAUAGAAGCUCAUAUCCUUACUCGCCUCGAUGGACCAACUCUAGCCUCCACCAGCUGUUCCUCCACCACGCUACACCACCUUUCCUCCGAAAACCACUUAUGGUCACGUGUAUGCCACUCCACUUGGCCGUCCACCGCCACUCCUCGUGUCCGCCAAGUCAUCUCCACCUUCCCCGACGGCGGUCACCGUACUUUCUUCUCUCAGUCCUUCUCUCUCCUACUUCCCGAAAAUAAGCAAAUUCACGAUUUAGAGCCAGUGAAUUUGAGAUCUAUAAUAUAUAUAAUCCUUUUGAACUUUUUCUCAGUACGUAUUUUUGAUCGGAAUCAAAAACAGUGGAUUCAACACACAAAUUCAAUUGCAAACCGUUCAUCUUCACCGCCGGAAUUAAUAUCGGCCGUCGAUAUACACUACACCAACAAGGUGAUCUUCAGUAGUGUUCAAGAGACUGAAACGACGUCGAAUUGGUUUCAAUGCUCGCCGUUCAGAAUCGACAUGAUAGAUCCAAAGGAGGUGAUUUCAACGCCGAUCAAACACCCGAACGACGACGACACGUGUACGAAUCUGAUUAAACACAUGACGUUGAGUUGGAUUUUGAUUGAUCCGACCGGACGGCGAUCGAUAAACCUCUCUUCUUUCAAGUCUGUUUCCGUACAACGGCACUGGUUAACCGGUGAAGUGCAGGUGCGUUUUACUUCAAUCCUGACCGCUGAUGAAAAGAGAGGUCACGUGCAGUGCGAGAUAGUGGUCACGUGCAGUGGAUCUGAGGCUGGAGAAAUGCAGGUAAGGGAAGUGAGUUUGGAAGUGGAGGAUAUGGAUGGAGCCCAUUUGAAUGGGAGGGAGAGUUUGGUAAUUAUACAAAACGCGUUGGAGGGUAAAAGGGGAAAUGGAGCUAACAGAGGUGAAAUAGGGAGGAAGAGGUAUAAAGAUUUUUUGGAAUUGAGAAGGGAAAGAAGAGAGAAGAAGUUGAGGAGAGAAGGCGCAUUAGAUAGUUUUUGUGUUGCAUUUGGGAUAUCAAUUUUUGUGGCUUUUUGGUGUUUUCUAUUUUGUUUGCGUAGAUAAAAAUGGAGAGAAAAUAAAAAUAAAAAAUCUAUUUUAUGCAAUUUACAAAAGGAUAGAAGGAACAAAAAUACUUGUAAAUUAGGAGUAUCAUUUAAGAGUAUAUAUUUAUAAUGAGAUUAGAAAAAAGAGAGCAGUUUGCUACACAAUAUCUCGUUAAACAGGAUUUGAGGAAGGACCGCAUUAAGGAUGGACAUGGUAU